AUGACAUCGAUCCUCGGGAAUGCCGCGUACACGAUCGGGUGGAUUUGUGCCGAUUAUGUCAAUAGAGUGGCCGCUCACGCUAUGCUUGACGAGGAGCAUGGGAGGCCGCAGACCAGAGAUUCCUCAGACGACAACAGUUAUAUCCUUGGCAAGAUCGGACAUCACAAUGUAGUGAUCGCGUGUCUCCCUGAAGGUGUGAAGGGCAUGACCUCUGCGGCUGCAACUGCGUCAAAAUUGCUUUCCAGUUUCCACGAAAUCCGAAUUGGUGUUCUGGUGGGAACUGGUGGUGGAAUUCCAAGCGAUGAAUAUGAUAUAAGGCUCGGCGAUGUCGCAGUCAGCAUACCAGGAAAGACAUUUGGCGGGGUUGUGCAGUUCGAUAUGGGAAAGGCUGUAACUGAUGGUUUUAUACGGACUGGAUCGCUCAACAAGCCUCCAACUGCGCUUUUGACUGCAAUUACCGAGGUUAGGGCGACACACGAUCUUCGCGGUAGCCACAUUUCGGAGUACCUUUCUCAGAUGCACACCAAAUAUCCAAGACUAGUGGAUACAUACUCCUAUCCAGGCACUGAGAAGGACAGGCUGUUCUCUGCAGAUUAUCCCCAUCAGGAUGAGGCUGAUACAUCGUGCAAGAAAUGUCGACGAAAGGCGAAGCAACGACCACCCAGGGAAACUAUACCUUAUAUCCAUUAUGGGAUUAUUGCAUCUAGCAAUACAAUCGUUGAGGACAGCUUGAUACGUGACCAACUCGCGGAAGAAUACGGUGCUAUCUGUGUCGAGACCGAAGCAGCCGGCCUGAUGGAUAACUUUCCCUGUGUUAUCAUUCGCGGGAUAUGUAACUACGCGGAUUCUCAUCGGAAGGGCGCUGAGGGUUGGCGACGGUACGCAUCAGCGGCUGCAGCUGCGUGUUCGAAGGAACUUCUUCAAGCAAUUCCAGUGCAAGAUGUCAUCCGCGGCCCUCUUGCUGUUGAUAUACUUUCGGAACUCUCUGUCGUGCAAAAUCAAAUCACUUCGCUCGUGAAGAGGGUCCACGUACACGGGCUUCCGACUGUAAGCGGAGCUGCGUAUGAUUCACAUAGCAAGGAGCCUCGUUCGCGCUGUCAUCCUCAAACUCGAGUUCAGUUGCUGCGGGAUGUCAUAAACUGGGCUAGUGACCUUGAGGGUAAGACAAUAUUUUGGCUCAGUGGCAGUGCCGGGACCGGCAAAUCCACUAUCUCUAGGACGCUGGCCCAUUCCUUCCAUGGCCAAGGUCAGCUUGCAGCCAGCUUCUUCUUCAAGAAAGGCGAAGUGGGUCGUGGGGAUGCAACAGGCCUGUUCACAACUAUUGCAACGCAACUCGCGUCCAGUAUUCCAGAAACUGGGAAAUAUAUUCAAAAGGCCGUGGAAGAUAAUCCUUCUAUUGCUGAUAAAGUAUUAAGCGAACAGUUUAAUACCCUUAUUCUUCAGCCUAUCCUACAAGUGCACGAUGAAACUUCCUUCGACAAGCCAAGGAUUAUCGUCCUUGAUGCGUUGGACGAAUGCGAGAGUAGGGAAAUAGGAGCUAUUUUACAGAUUCUUCGCGAGACUUCGGUAACAAAGGCAAGCCUGCGUUUUUUUGUGACUAGCAGACCAGAUUUUCAGGUGCUUGACAGCUUUGGGAGAUUACCAAAGAGCGCUUAUCAAGAUACAGUGCUUCAAAACAUCCCAGAAGAGGUAACCAGGAGUGACCUCCGUACUUUCCUGACCCACGAACUAAAGGAAAUCCGAGAAAGCCACAACAGGUUAAUUCCCUCCUCCCGGCGGCAUCUUCCUUUAAACUGGCCGGGGAAGCAAAAAAUCUCAAGCCUUGUGGACAUGGCUACUCCUCUUUUCAUCUUCGCUGCUACCACCUGCCGCUUCUUAAGCGACCCCAAAUUUGAUCCAGACGACCGACUGGCCACCAUCUUGAAGUACCGUACUGCUAGCCACACACUUUACAAAACGUAUAUGCCGGUCCUCGACCAACUGAUAGGAGACGACGACACAGACGACGAACGGGAUAUAGUGGUGCGGCGGUUUCGAAACAUUAUCGGGGCAAUUAUCUUACUUUUACAGCCGUUAUCUGCGCACCAUCUCACUGGAUUGCUCAAUCUGCGGCCUGGUGAGAUUGACCUCCAGCUGGUCUUCCUUCACUCUGUCCUACAGAUUCCACGUGACAAUUCAUCUAUUCGGCUCCUCCAUCUCUCAUUCCGAGACUUCCUUACGGACAACAGAACGCGUGCAAAAACUCCCUUCUGGAUCGAUCAAAAGAAAAGGCACCUCUGUCUGGCAAAUCAAUGUCUUGAACGCAUGAAUGCAGCACCUGGACUUACGCAAGAUAUCUGCAAGCUCAAUGCACCUGGCUUUCUAUCCAAGGAGGUUGAUCCUGGAGUAAUAGAAAAAUACAUACCGGGAGAUCUUCAUUACGCCUGCAUCUACUGGGUAGACCACUUGGUCAAGGGGGAUGGCUCGAUCCGUGAUGGUGACUUCGUUCAUCAAUUUCUGAAGACACACUUUCUCCACUGGGUUGAAGCCCUAAGCCUUCUGGGAACGCUUUCCAAGGGUACUGCAUACAUUGGUGCGCUACUUGGCCUAGCGGUUUCGGAAACUAACGGAGGCCGGCUUUCAGCUUUUUUACUCGACGCAAGGCGUUUUCUACUCUAUAAUUUCUCGACCAUAGAAGAAGCCCCUUUGCAGACAUAUUCUUCAGCACUUAUGUUUUGCCCAAGCAACUGUCUCUUGCGAAAUACAUUUGGAAAAGGCGUGCCCGACUGGGUCGUUCUGCCACCGAAUACAACAGAUGAUUGGAGUCCCCUGGAGCAAACUUUCGACACACCCUCUCUCCUGUCCUACCACGCACCAGCCUUUUCGCCAGAUGGUACUAAGCUUGCGUGUGGCAGUCUGGUCUGGGAUGUUACAUCUAGUCAACAGAUAAGAACACCAUCUACCGAGAGCUCAGGACGUGUGGAGUUUCUGUCCGAUCAUGAAGUGAUCAUGGUUGCAAAAGACCAAACAGCAAUUUUAAACUUGAAUACCGGGCAGAUAACGGAUUUGGCAAUGGAAUACUCUGGCAAGCGUAUAAGCCUCGAGUCAGUCGCACUGGAUAGGUCUAGGCUGAUUCUUAUAAGGGAAGAAUCUCCUAUUAGUCCGGGAGGGGUACGCAUUCGUUCUUGUGUCUACAACAUAGACACGGAAGAAGCAUUUCAGUCCGAUUUCUCUGAGCCCAUGGGGCACAAUAGUCGGGUUCUACUGUCCAAAGACGGAAGGCGAAUGGCAUUUGCCGGUGAGAGACUCGCCAAAAAUGAUGAGCCCGCCCCGGCUGGGGUAAUCCGCGUUGGAUACGACAUCACUUCGGUUGAGUUAGAGGUAUGGAGGCCGGAAGAUGCAAAGCAAAUUAUCUUCUCCCAUGUCUUUUCUGAUCUUCGGAGUGUGGGUGAUUUUGCCAUCUCACCCAAUGGGGAGAAGCUUGCGUUGUUGUGUUUGGUGACACAGCGAGUACGAGUGGUACAGUUGAAUGGAGACGGGGACUACAAGACUCUAAAAGGUCAAAGUGAUCGUAUCUCGUGCUUGGCUUUCUCACCCGACGGCAACAUGAUAGCGUUUGGGUCUAGCCUCAGGGCAUGCUUGUGGGACUUGGAUACUGACCGAGUUGAGCCCAUCCUGGAGAAUGUUGAUUGUAAAAAAUUGUUAUUCUCACCGGAUGGGCAUAAACUUGCCAUAAAAACUAAGUCGCGGCUUAAGAUCUGUGAUCUACGAGCGGAAUUUUCCAACAGCCCUCAUGCCAAUUUUUACAAGGGGAGUAUCAAAUAUGUGGUCUUUUCACCUUGCGGUACUAUGGUCGCAUCGCGUUCGGAGCAUGGCGGCGGCGUUCUGAUAUGGGAUGUUUCCAAUAGAAAAGUGACGCAUAAAAUGGAAAUGGGGGAGGCUAUAUCGAUGGGCUUUUCCCCCAGGUCUGAUAAGUUUUUUGUCGGCUCGGAGGACCUCCUCGCAGUGUGGCACAUUCGAUCAGGCCGAUUCCGUCUCGCAUAUUCAACCAAGCUUGAGGGCAGGGCUAUGCGCCCCGCAAGUUUCUCAAGUGAUGGGACAAUGAUUCUAUUGUGUACGACGACAGAUGGGCUUGCACUCCAACUAUUAGACGCCAGAACUGGCCAAGGUCUUGUGAUGAAAAGACUAGGAUGGGAAACGGGAGUGAUCAGCGUGAAAUUCUCAAAAGACGGCAGCAAGCUUGCUGUCGCAAGAAGCAAAGAUCAUGUUAAGCAGGUGGAACUAAGAGACGGCAGGUCACUUACUUUCAAGAAGAAGUGGGUGUGCACCGCAGAACAAGAGGUAGGCCAAGUGGCCUUCUCUGCUGACGAGAAGCUAAUCCUUUUCGAAGACGGGGUAUUGUUCACAGCCGCGUGGGAAUUAUCUGCCAAUCGCACCCUAACUGUCAAGACCUCUACAAAGACAGGCCAAAAGAUAUUCAUCUCAAAGAAUGGCAGAUGGAUUCUCCCGUCGACUGGGACAGGGAUGCUCUGCCUCCCCCCCGAAAUUCAGCCAACAAGCUAUGUGCCGAGAUCGACAAGUGUCCAUGGCAACAUGGUUGCCAUUGGAAAUGAGAACGGACAUCUCACCAUCAUGGAAUUUGAAUUUGGGGAUCUUGAGGAAGAUUCUCGCUUCCUAGGCUGGCAUGCGCAAAGGUCUGCUGCAGAAAUUGAACAAGACAAAUACCCUGGGAGAAGUUUAUCGCCAGUAGAGUGCGCGUCUGACCCAAAACUUGCAUGGCAAAGUUUCCUCAGAGCUCAGGCCGCUGGAAUGGUUAUGAGCCUUGUGUCUGGCCCUGGUCAAUCCGGAUACUCCCACUCCAAUUUAUUUAUCGAUGAAGAGACAGGAGUCGUUACGCAAAGGAAUCAAUAA